AUGAUUUUUUUAUUUGGAAUUGGUGUUGAAGAGAAAACUACUCUGAUAACUUUUGAAAUUGGUGGUGUAGACACAGGACUCAUUAUUGAUUCAGGUGCUACUGUUAACGUACUUGACCAAAGGUGUUGGGAGCAGCUUAAAAAGGAAAAGAUAAAGGUGGUAGACCAAAACCGGAAACCAAAGAAAAAACUGUUUGCAUAUGGAAAUGAAACGCCACUAACAGUUGUGGGAAGUUUUGUCGCAAACAUAAAAGUGAAAGAAUCGCGUGUCGAGACUACAGCAGAGUUCUUUGUAAUAAAAGAAAAGGGAAAGGCACUGCUAGGGAGGAAAACAGCCAUGGAACUGAAGGUAGUAAGAUUGGGACCUGAGUGUGAGGCUGAGCAAAUAAAUUCGGUGGAUAUUCGAAAUUUAUAUCCAAACUGUUUUGAGGGUCUUGGAAAGCUUAAAAGAUUUCCAGUUAAGACUUCCAAUAAACAAAGAUGUGAUACCAGUCGUCCAAGCGAGUCGUAG